AUGACGCUUUACGAUAUCACGGGUCGAGAGACGAAGAAGUUCUUGCUCGAGAGUACAAAGAGCGAGGUUUUGUUCGAGUUGCGGACCUACGGGGAGAGCGAACCAGAGCCGGAGAAGUGGAACUUGAGAGGUCAGCUCUUCCAAAUAUACGACCAGGCAGGGACUGAAACGAAUUUCGACUACGACUUCACAAGUGCCCUAGUCACCCACAGAGGCAGCUUGCGUUCGCGUACAGUUCAACUCUGGACUGGAACGACGCGGGACGCAUCGUGCUGGACCCGGACAUUGACACUGAGGGGACGCAAAAAAUGCUCUCGGCCAGGUCACCUGCUCCCGGAGUCCGGACGGAAGUAUAACUUGCGCUAUACUUACAACGACGCCGGACUUCCGGAGACGAUCGAGGCAAAUGUCAGAGGCAAGAAGAGGGCAGCCGGAGAUCUCUUGUGGGAAACGUAUGUCGCCGGCGUAGACUAUAACGAGCUCUCAUAUGCAACGACAGUCUACUUCGUCAACGGCCACCGUACGAUAAACGAAUUCGAUGCUGUUACACUGCAGUUGAAAAUCCGCCGGACUCUGUCUCACCAAACCAAAGGGCCUCUUCUAAAGUCCAGCGUCCCGAGUAUGCAUACGACCCAUCCGGCAACAGAACGUCGUCUUCGCAACAGCGUGGUCAACCCAGAUGUCGAGUAUACCUACAAUCCCACGUACCGCCUCAUCGAAUCUUCAGGCCGCGAACAGCUAGGCAAGGGAAACGAUCUGCAGGGCGGGAGCAGCAGUCCGAACGCUUUAGGAGCCUUCCAGAUAUUUAAAGCUGCAUUAGAUGCGCCGAGGGGGUAUCGCCAUAAGCCGCUACGUCGAGACUUACAAGUACGACUCCGCCCACAACUUUCUCUCCGUCCAGAACCGCACCGCCGACGACGGGAGCCAAUCCUUGACCAGGACAUUGGACUGGUGGUGAUCAUCUCUACCGGCCUGCCCGGUAUCAGAUUAGCGACCCACCUCGAUGCGGUCGCUGUCGAAGUGGACAAGGACGGAGUCUUGGUCUCGUACGAGGAAUACUCUCCCUACGGCAGCACCUUUCAGAUGCAGGACCCGCAGAGGCCAAAGCGGUUCCGCUGGGCAAGCAAGAGCGAGACAAAGAGGGCGGGCUUUAUUACUUGGGUGCAGGAUAUUACGCGCCCUGGCUCGGUAGCUGGAUGA